GUGGUGGAGACACUAUCCUUCGUUUUUGGUCACUAACAAUAUUAAUGCUUGCUUGUGGGCCAAAACUAUCUGUUGCCAGUGAUAUACGAGGAAAUCCUCCUUCCGUUUGGAGUCCAGCGCUAGAGAUCAUGAUGUUAGUGAGGACAUUCGAUAAUGUCAAGUAUCGAGACUAGAUGGGGCCCAGUAGAAGAUAAUUGCACCUUCUGUGUCAGUUUUCCGAGAACCUUGAAGCACGAGAUAGCAUCCACCGUUAUCACCGACGAACGUGCUCGGGCUGCCACUUUAUCCUAUCUUUGCGUCAGAUCGCGUCGGGAUGAUCCUGGAAGGCGAUCCAAUUGCUUUGCAUAAAACCACACCUAGGUAAUAGUACGCGAUGGUGAUAUUUUUUUCGAUUAGAGCUAGGGGAAAAUCAACUAUCAUACUAUUGCAAUUGCCAUUAUAUAGAGAACUGCGGGGUACAUGCUAAAUCCUUUUAUCCUAAAUCCCCCUG